AAAACACAAUAAACGUUCGGUCAGUUGAUCAAUUACUGCGAAAAUGUGGCGAAUACUUUUGUUCAACAUCCUAGUUGCAAGCGCACAAAACGCGUUCGAUACGCCUCUCUGUCCAGAUGGUGGUGAGCCGGUGUGUGCGAAGAGUGGCUUUGAAUUCAUUUACUUCGAGAACGAAUGUAAAUUGAAUGUUUUCAGCUAUAAAGAGCUUUUUGCUGGACGACCAAGUCCUACUAAGGUGGACCUCGUGGAAUGCUUUUCCAACUGUGGUGGUAUUAUAUGUCCAGCGUUAUUCCAGCCAGUUUGUGCACAGCAAGUGCCUGGAGGUUUCACGCAAACGGUAUCCAAUGCCUGCCUAGUGAAUCAGUUGAUUUGUGAUACGAGACAACAAUGGGUCAUCAUUGCCAAUGGUGCUUGUCCGGAAACUUCAGCACCCGAACAGGGCUUGUUUGCAGCUUUCGGCAUUGAUGCUAUUCCGCCAUUAGCACCAGCUACAACACCUGUCCUCGCACCGGCCGCCGCACCGAGUUAUGAGCCCAAACCCGCAUAUACACCAACGGCAACACCACCAGCAACAUAUUAUCCACCAGCAGCUCCAGUUGAAUCCGCCCCAACGACAAGCUAUGAUGCUCCGGCGCCUCAAGCAUGCCCUGCCGAUUACACAGCAUUGGCACCAGCCCCUGUUCCUACACCAACUGCUUACGCCGCACCAGCACAAGAUCCUUAUACCGCUCCAAGCCAAACUUUACAAGCUGCUCCGCCGUCUUACUCACCACCAGCGGCACCUGACUCUUAUUCACCACCUGGUGCUAGUUCUUACUUAGCCACCGGCGUAGAUCCGGCGCCAUUUGCUUAUCCACCAUCUGAUUAUGUUGCAGCUCCGCAGCCGGCGCCAAGCGCUUGCCAAGCUUCUUACGUGCAAGAAUCAGCACCGGAAUAUGCUACUUUACCUGCAGUAGAUUCUUACGCCCCAUCACCGGCACUACCACCGUUAGAUUACGCAGCUCCUGUAACAGCACCAGCCCCAGCUAAUUACGAAUCUACUCCAUUACCUUGCUCUGCAUCCGAAACUGCUCCAGCCCCAUCAGCAUAUCAGAACGCCUAUCAGCCAUCUCCAUCUGCAUAUGCCUCAUCUGCCCCUGUGGCUCCCGCGCCGAGUCCAGCGUCUUAUUCUGCACCAGCACCGGCACCAUCUGCUUAUGAAAAUCCGAGUCAAUAUGCAGUAGCAACUCCAUCCUCUUGCUCAUCAUCAAGUCAAUACCCUGCGCCCUCCGCUGAUCCAGUCGCAGAUUCUUAUGCCGCACCCAGUCAACCUGCAAUUUCAGAAUCUUAUCCGGCUGUUAACCCCUACCCAGCCGCAGCGGCACCAGCUCCCUACAGUGCGCCAGCCCCAACUCCUUGCUCAGCCCCAGAUCAAUAUACGGCACCAGAUCCAUAUGCACCCUCCGAUCAAAAUUCUGUACCUGCUCAAGAUUCGUACGCCUAUCCGAGUCCACCACAAUAUCAAGCACCAUCCACUGAUUUGAGCACAUACUCAGCCCCUACUGCAGAUGUAGUGCCCUCAGUAAAUCCCUACGCUGCGCAAUAUCCAUUACCCGCUCCAGCAUCAGAUCCCCUUAAUUAUUCGCCAACAACAGCUUACGCACCUGCAUCGGCGCCUGCAUGUACAUGCUCAUCAAAUGCUCCGCAAUCCGGAAUUGCAUCGUUGAAAUAUGAUAUUCCUGCCAUCAUUGGAGCACCUCAAGAGAGUUCUGGGCAAUAUGCGCCAGAUCUCGCUUCAUUUAUUGCGCAAUGGAUUGAUAAUAACCCAUUGGUUACAAAGAACGGCUUACAGUCUAUUGCUCCAUUCUAUUAUCAGCCUACCUAUACACUCAUUGAAUAUAAGGGUUCGAAGGGCCCAGUUAAAUUGAAAAUGCGGUUCAUAAUUUUAAUUGGUGUAUUCGUUGCAUCCGUUAAUGCGGGCAUCUUUAACAUACAACCAGCUGCGUUGCCACGCUAUCUGAGUCCUAUACCAUCUCCAGAUCCGUCAGCACUACUACCUUCAUAUCAAUAUUCGGCACCCGCACCAGCACCAACAUCUUAUGCAGCGCCAGCACCUGUUCCAGCUACCUACGAAUCCCCAGUAGCAGUAGCAUUACAACCACCAUGUCCUUAUGCGGCGGCUCCUGCUGUACUUCCUGAACCAUUACCUUAUGCACCAGCGCCGGCUCCAGCUCCAGUUGCGUACUCAGCACCAGAUCCAGUUCCUGUGCCAUCUCCUUGUUCUUAUGCAGCUGCCCCUGCGCCGGUUCCAGAUGCAUAUGCAGCACCAGCACCUGCUCCCGCUCCUUAUGCACCACCAGAAUUAGCGCCUGCUCCUCUGCCAUGUCCUUAUGCGGUAGCGCCAGCACCAGCUCCAGAUGCUUAUGCGGCUCCGGCUCCGGCUCCGGCUCCAGCUCCAGUUGCUUAUGCACCACCAGCGCCUAUUGAUACUUAUGCAGCACCAGAACCAGUACCUGCACCUGCUUAUCCUUAUGGAGUGGCACCGGUUCCAGAUACGUAUGCAGCACCUGCUCCAGCUCCAGUUGCUUAUACUCCACCAGCAUUUGUAGCUCCGGAAAUUGCUGUGGCAUCUCCUUGUGCGGCUCCAGCCCCCGUUGCUUAUGCAGCACCUGCUCCAGCUCCAAUUGAUUAUGCACCUCUCGCCCCCGCUCCAGUCCCUUAUGCUGCACCAGAACCCGUUCCGGCAGCACCUGCAUGUCCUUACGCAGCAGCUCCAGCUCCAACUCCAGAUGCAUAUGCUCCACCACCACCUGCUACAGACGCCUACUUACCACCAGUGCCGGCUCCAGCUGCUUACGUAGCCCAGCCAGAAUCAGUUCCUGCUCCAGCACCAUGUCCAUAUGCAGCCGCCCCUGCACCAGUUUUGGAUGCUUACGCAGCACCGGCACCAGCUCCAGUUGCAUACGCACCAUUAGCUCCUGCUGACCCAGCUCCAGUUCUUCCACCAUGCCCAUAUGCUACAGCACCAGCUCCAGCACCAGUUGUAGAUGUUUACGCAGCACCUGCACCAGCUCCAGUUGCUUACGCUGCUCCAGUGCUCCCACCAGCAACUUACGCACAACCAGAUCCAGUACCAAUACUACCACCAUGCCCUUAUGCAUCAGCACCAGCUCCUGCUCCUGCCACUUAUACAGCCCCAGCUCCAGCUCUGCAACCAUUUAUUCCUCCCGAACUAAUUCCAGCACCUGCGCCAGUAUCCUUUUAUGCAGCACCUAGCCAAAGUAUAUCACCAAUCCUACCUACUUAUCUAGCAUCAACACCAUCUGUCUCGCCUUACGCAGCUCCAGCGCCUGCGCCUGUACCUUAUGCACCUCCAAUUCUACUUCCAGCUCCUACUUCUUACACAGCUCCUGCACCCGCUCCUGCCGCUUAUGCGGCGCCAGCUCCAGCGCCUUAUGCUGCUCCUGAACCUGUUCAGCCGUCCUACGCUGCUCCAGCUCCGGUUCCAGUUUCUCCUUACGCAGCCUCUCCUGCCGCUUAUGCAGCCCCGGCUCCAGCUCCAGCGCCUUAUGCUGCUCCUGACCCUGUGCAACUGCCAUACGCUCCACCAGUUCCGGCUCCCGUUUCUCCUUACGCAGCUCCUGCACCCGCACCUGCCGCUUAUGCAGCCCCGGCUCCAGCUCCAGCGCCUUAUGCUUUCCCUGACCCUGUUCAACUGCCAUACGCUCCACCAGCUCCGGCUCCCGUUUCUCCUUACGCAGCUCCUGCACCUGCUCCUGCCGCAUAUGCAGCCCCAGCUCCUGCUCUGCCAUCAUAUGCUGCACCAGCACAGGCUCCAGCCCCUUAUGCACCACCAUCUUACUCAGCGCCGGCCCCAGCACCCGCACCUGCUCCUAUUCUUCCCCCCUAUUCCAGUGCUGUUAAAUACUAUCAAUGACGAUAAAAUAUUAAAAGUAGGUGUCGAAGACAUCAAUAAAUAAAUCCAAUUAAAACUUAA